AUGUCAGGUCGCAAAGAUGGGGGUGACUCCUCCAGCGACUCUGCGGCGGAAGCCAGAAAGAGGUCAAGAGAAGAGCUCGCGGCCCUAAGGGCCCAAGUUAGCUCGCUGACGGAUCAGAUGAGCCAGCCAAUGUCGCUAGUGGAAGAUACCAUGAAGGCAAGCAAGAUGGAGGAGCCAGCUGGCACCAUGGAGGGUGCCGCUGAUCGCAGCGAUGCUAGGGAGAGCGCCGCCGCGGAGUCCACGAACGCCGAAGGAGGGGCACCGUGGACCGGGAGUGCGCAGGACGGCGAACCUGUGCGAGAGUCUGGCCCGUCAGGGCGACACAGAGGCGAAGCAGGGGGCUUUGUUCCCCAAGAGGUAAAAGUAGCCGCUGCUCACAACCAAGGCUAUAGUAGUGCCAUGGGAGAUGGUGGUGCUGCUGUUGACUUUGGAUACGGAGCCACAACCCCAGCGACGGGGUACCAAAGUGUGCGGUACACUUCUCCUCCGUUCAGCGGGAAAUCGAAAUAUUUCAACGAAUGGCUAAAUGAUUUCCGCAUGGCAGCUAAUGGCGCAAAUCUGUUGGAACAGUUUGAAGAAAGCGGGAGUUUGGAGAUCCCCGUCAUCAGCGGAAAGAGCAAGUUUUCGCUGUCACAGCAGUACCGGAGCGAGCAAGUAGAGCUCGCAUUCCACGCGUGGAACUUCCUGUCUCACGCGUUGAAAGAAAAAGAUCGGAAAAUCAUGAAGAGGGCAGAGACGCCCCAGGGAGCUCUUCGUGAGCUCAAGACCAUACACGACCCUGAAUCAUCUGUACAGCCGUCAGAGGACCUCAAGUCCCUGACGUCGACCAAGAUCUCUAGAGGUGAAAAAAAUCAAAACGCCCUAAAUGAGAUGCUCCAAACCGGAAUGUCCUUAACCGAGAAAGGGCUAACUGUCAACGAAACGUUCGUCCUUCACCUCUUCCUCGAUGCCCUUUCGGACGAGUAUGCCAUUACAAAGCACAACCUACGACACGCGAAGGAGUUGACGCGGACCGGUGUGCUAAAGGAAGCAAUGAUCGAAUACAAGGCGAUCAAGGACAAGCUGGAGCAGGGGAAAGGAAACGGGGCGAAGGGCGCAGAGCAAGCGUACUUCGCCGACAAUGAGGGCCGCAGGGAGCGGUACUCCAGUAGGAGUCAGGGGCAAGGUCGUGGUCGUGGCGGCGGCCGUGGCCACAGCAGCAGUCGCGGCCGCGGCGGAGGCGGUCGCGAAGGCCGCUCAGGCGGACCCGGAGGAGUCGAGGAGAGCAAGGGAAGCAGCAGUGGAGGCGCCGAUGGCGGCGCGAUCGGCUGCACUACCAUCGAGAAGGACUUCGUGCCGUGUUGUGCGCGCUGCGAGGGGUGGGGCCACACCAACGAAAAGUGCGCGACGGAGGAGGCCGUCCUUGCGCAAGUGGUGGAGCAUGAGAGCGAGGUGGACUCCGUGGAAGACCAGGCGUUUUGUGCCGUGGCAGUCCCCCCAGGCGAGUGUGGUACCGUUGGUGAAGUAGGUCUAGUGGGGGUUGUGGAACAAGGCCAGGCGGUGUACGUGGCCGACACAGCGGCCACGUGCUCCAUGUUCCGAUGUGCAGACAACUUCGUGAACUACCGUGAGCGUAGCGGUUGGGUGAAGGGGAUCGGAGGCGACAAGGCCCCCGUUCCUCUUCUAGGAUACGGAGAUGUGACCUUAGUCCUACAGACGGAAGAUGGUGGAGUACCCGUACCAGUACUGAAUGCUGCCCAUGUACCAGAGGCCCCCUACAACCUCCUCUCGCUGUCUUCGUUGGCGGAGGAGGGCCACACGUAUUCGGGGAUGAAGGGGGGCCUCACGCUGACCACGAAAGCCGGGGGGGAGGUGUGGUUCCCCCGGACUGGAAAGCUGCUGACCCAACGAGGCUAUCAAAUAAAGCCAACGCUACACACCGCCUGUGCCGCACUCAUUGUUCCUGGCGAUGCGAAAGCAGCCAACCCCACUGACCUCAACGAGUACCACCUCGCGCACGGCCAUGCCCACGAGACAUUGCUCAGGAUCACGGCGGAGCAGCAGGGAGUGCAGCUGACGGAUGGACCGCUGCUACCCUGUCUUGGCUGUUCGAUGUCCAAGGGACAGGUGAAACCCGUCCAGAAGAGCACGAGCACACGCGCACUGCUACCUCUCGCAGAUGACGAGGAGGGCGGGGAGGUGAGAGCAGAGCGGAUGCAUCAUGCCAAGGUUGGGGGGGGGAAAGAAACUCAGAGAGUGAGUCUGACCUCGACGUGAUGGAGGCUCAUGGGCCAGGGCAAGCGACGCCGUUUGUGCGCGAGGAGGCGCCGACGGCACCCGGCAACGGGAUUCCGGGGGACGGAGGCAGCGUUC